GAAGUUCAACCGAAUCCCGUCGCUCAUAUUCUCUCAUCGCAUAUUUGUCUAUUAUAAUCAGUUUUCGGGAGGAGGGUACCCUUUAACCUGCAAUUAUGGCGAUGUCAACCUUUCAAAAGGUGACUCUCGCUACGUGUCUCGUGCUUUGCGUGGCGCUGCUGCUUCCCAAGAUGCUGUUAUCCAGGGGUAGGAGGGAUGCUGCUGAACGGCCGGAGGGUUCUGGUAAUUUCCCACCCAUGAUGCAUCGUCAGGUGGCCCCAGAGGGCCGAGGCCAGAGGGCAGCAGGGUCCGGUUUCUCCAGGGCCCAAAAUCCUGAGGCUAUAGCCAGGGCCAAAGGACCAGGAACAGGGACAGGAGCUGGAGGCAAAUCCAACCUGGCAGGACAGAUCAUCCCAGUGUACGGCUUUGGGAUCUUACUCUACAUUCUCUACAUACUGUUUAAGAUCACAUCAAAGGGGAGCAGCAAGCCACCAGAAGGCAGGUUUCCUCCAGUUCGGACAGAGAACAUGAAGAGAAAGAUCACUGACUAUGAGCUGGCCCAGCUGCAAGAGAAGCUGAGGGAGACGGAGCUGGUGAUGGAGAGUAUUGUUUCCAGCGCCCACCACAGUCCUGACAGGGUGAAGGGAGUGACUGCAGACCAGGAGGAGAGUCUCUUGCAGCAGCUGACAGAGAUAACACGGGUGAUGCAGGAAGGCCAGAUGAUGGAGGGUAUUGCUCCAGAGAAGAAGAUACAGGAAGACUGGGAUGCUUUUGCUGAUUAUCCUGACGAGCCUCAACCAUACUGGGAACAUUCCCAUUGCUGCUGUCAGCACAGUCCGACGGAAGGAGCUGACAUAGAGAGGACAGAAGAGGACAAGGACAGCAGCUCAGGAAACCUUCCUGAGGAUAUUACAUGUAGUGGAGAGGCUGAUGGAGCAGAGGAUCUGAGCACAGACUCUGUGAAAAAACCUGUUUUUACAGCAACGAGAGAUGAGGACAUGAUCCCAGAAAGAGAUGUGGAGGUAAGAGAGGAGGAAGAUUUGCAUGAACAUGAGGAGGGCGGUGGUCACAUCGAUAUGGGGGCCCAGGAGGAGGACCUGGUCGGAGUCCUGAAGGAGCUGGAGCUCACACUGAAGAUGGCAUCUGUGCUGGAGCAGGAGAAGAUCAUGGAUCACUUCCAGCCAGCUGAGACAGAAUCAUCCUGCAGCUCGGUCAGACGUAGAAACAAGAGGAGGAGGGCGAAGAAAGCCGUACACUGACUCCCACCAUGAGGCAGAAAGUGUUUUUAGAUGAGUUGUAGCAUGAAAGCUGGCGAUAGCAUGAAAAUGAAACACCAGCCUUUUUCUUUUUUUCUGCACCUGAAGUCAGUAAGCGUAGAUAAAGUUUUACAGCCAAUGGCUUUAGCUUACUCAUAUCUGCUGUGAAUCAGCUUAAAAGCAUUAAGUCUUGAAGCAGCAUUUAAAAUAAAUAAAUCCCACAAUGAAGUAAUUCAUCAGGUGUUUGAUGGGAUUUCUCAUUUGUGGAAGUGCUUCCAGGUGUAAAGAUUUUUAGAGGUGGACAGUGUGCACACAAGCCUGCUAUGUUCAGCCUUUUAUUUAUAUCAAGUGCUUAUUUAUAUAAAAUAUAAACAUGAACUCAAAGGAAUAAAACUACUAAUGUGAAGGAACUGAUAGGCUGGAAACAGAACUUGGGAGAAAAUGUCUUAUUUGCUAUGGUGGUUCUGGCUUUUCUUAUCUUUGCACAGAAUCUUUGAAACACUUUCACAUCCUUUGACAUUAAUUUUUAAAAAGGAAUCUCUUCCUCUUUCCUGAUCAAUGCACACAAUUCUCCACAAUGACAAAGCAAAAUCUUGUAAUGGCCAGAACUUGUUAGACAAAGAUCUGUAGCUCCCCCUACGUAUUCUCAUCCUUUACCAGUAAUGUGUUUUACAAUGUUGCUUUCAAGAUAAGUGCCCGAGAAUGCAUAAAAGUGAUUAAAAUACUGUUC